AUGAAGUUCUUCACUGCUGCCAUUGCGGCCGUUUCUGCUCUCGGUGUUACUGCCGCCUCUUACAGUAACUCCUCUGCCCCUGCCACCUCUUCUGGCUACUACCCAACCAUCGGUACCGACCUUACGACCACCCUCACCACCUACAGUGCCUACACUACUGUUACCAGCUACACCUCUACCACCACUGAGUUCAACACUGUUACCGUCUUUGUUGGUGCCCCAGCUGCCGCCAAGAGAAAGAGAGAGCUCGUUAUUGAAUCCGCCACCGGUACCGGUACCAUUACCGUUCUCGGGGUCAAGACCGUUACCGUUGACGUUACCGUUACCCUUACCACUUCUGGCCUCGAAGGUACCUCCACUGCCCCAACUGGUGCUGUCUCUGCUACCGACUCCACCGUGACCGAGACUGACCAGUCUACCACCGUCAUCACCAUCACCUCUUGCUCCGACAACGUGUGCACCAAGACCCCAGUCACCACUGGUGUCACCGUGAUCACCACCACCGUUGCUGAGGUUGAGACUGUCUACACCACUUACUGCCCAUUGACCGCCUCCACUGCGACUGUGAAUGACCAGUCCACUACCGUUGUCACCAUUACCUCUUGCUCCGACAACGUGUGCACCGAGACCCCAGUCACUACUGGUGUCACUGUGAUCACCACCACCGUUGCUGAGGUUGAGACUGUCUACACCACUUACUGCCCAUUGACCGCCUCCACUGCGACUGUGAAUGACCAGUCCACUACCGUUGUCACUAUCACUUCCUGCUCCAACAACGCCUGCACUGAGGUCCCAGUCACCACUGGUGUCACUGUGAUUACCACCACCGUUGCUGAGGUUGAGACUAUUUACACCACCUACUGCCCAUUGACCGGGUCUCCAGCUACUGAAGCUCCAGCUACUGAAGCUCCAACCACCGAAGCUCCAGCUACUGUAGCCCCAACCACCGAAGCUCCAGCCCAGUCUACCACCGUUGUUACCAUCACCUCUUGUUCCAACGGUGUCUGCACUGCUGCCCCAGUCACCACCGGUGUCACCGUUGUCACUGUCACUAUUGACAAUGUCGUCACUCAGUACACCACUUACUGCCCAAUCACUGCUGAGGAAGCUGAGUCUGCCACUGCUGCCCCACAGACUGAGAACACCGUCUACGUCACCGAAGAACAGACCACCACCGUCUUCAACCCAACUACUGUCGUGGUCACUACCACCUGCACCGCUGAACAGUGUGUUGCCACUUCGGUUACCACCGGUUACUCUGUUGUCACCUCUACCAACGAGGAGGGUGAGUUGAUCUCUUCUACCAUCUUGAAGCCAAUUCAAGAAAUCAAGACCUCCACCAAUGUCGCCGCUGUUGUGACUCCAGUCGCUGCCUCUACUCCAGUUGUUGCCCCAGCUGCUGCCUCCACCCCAGCUGCUGCUUCCGCUCCAGCUGUUGCUCCAGUUGCUCCAGCUGCUGCCUCCACCCCAGCUGUUGCUCCAGUUGCUGCCUCCACCCCAGCUGUUGCCCCAGUCGUUGCCUCCACUCCAGCUGCUGUCCCAGCCGCUGCCUCCACUGAUGACUCUUUCAUCGUGUCCGUGGGCUCUUCUGUUGUUUUGACUGCCACCCCUGCUGCCACUGCCCCAGCUGCUACUGCCCCAGUGGUCUCUUCUGCUGCGCUUACCACCGCCGUCCCAGCUUCUUCCGCCGCUGCGCCUUCCUCUGCUGUCCCAACUGCCAGCACUUUCGAAGGUGCCGGUUCCAAGGUCAACGCCGCCUCCGGUCUCGUUGCCUUGGUCGCUGUUCUUUUCUUGUAAAUUGCAUGAAUCGUUCUUUCGAACUGACGUAUUGUAAUUUAUAGCAAUCGCAGCCUAUCCCUUUACGUAUUUCGUUUGAAUACACCUUCCAGAGCACCACGUUCUUUUCGAAGUAACGCAGCCUCGUUCUUUCUUUCUCUUCGGUUUGCCUCGUGCUGUUAGUGUUUUACACUGUCUUGAACUAUGUUCGUUUCCUUAACAUUCUCUCUUUCCUUUGGGUUGGUUUUUCUUUGUCAGCCUCGCUGACCCCUAUGUACUUUUACUGCCGAUAAGCCGUCCGCGUAUAUUAUCGCACGGGCCGCUGGUU